AAUCUCUGUCCACGGGAAGCACCCAUUGAAGCCGACUCCUUUGUCCCAGCCUCGGUGCAUCGACAGCGGCGUAACAUCGUCUCCAGGGAUUCUGCCGCCAGCGCCGUCUCCGCCGCCAACAACGGUCCUCCACACGCAACUGGAUCCGAAGAUGAGGCCCUGUUGGCAAAAGUCUACAACUUCCUGUUUGGCAAUGUUGGUGCAAAAGAGCCUGUCUGGCCUCGAGAGCCCGCAACCAGGCCAGUGGAGAGCGAGAAUGUUUAUCAAAACUACCAGAGGGAUAGCCCUCAUGGACAUUUGCGCAUAAUGGAGGAACAAGUGCAACAGACUCGAAAUGAGAUUGCGCAGGCAACCGCCGUCAAUAGUUGCCUCCAAUUGCAGGACCAGGAGAUGGGCAUCAACGAUUUGGUCAAUCAAAUUCGGCUGUUGCGUUUGAUGCGCCAGAGGGACACAGUCGGACACUCCUCGUCCUCCUCUUCCUCCGCCAACUUUGGAUUCCCCAACCAGAAUGGUCGGGAAGUCCUCCUCCCCCCGUUGUCCGCCUCCACCUUUCAGCCAAUUCGCGAUGCACCAAAACACGACCCACUAACCGCUUGUCGUGCUGAGAACGGCGAGACCCCUCCUACCCCCCAGUGGACCAACUCUCCCCUCUUUGAUACGCAUACUGGGGCGCCCCAGCCCUUGAGUGACCUCGUGGAGGGCGGGGGUGGUCGGGGGCCUCGAAAACAGCAACAACAGGAGCGUCAACAACGACGAUUUUAA